UGCCAGUUUGAUACGAAAACGAGGGCUCAACCAAACAAAUUGCUUCCAGUGCUGCUAGAGUUGAGUGUAGAUGUACUCAAGGCAAAAGAAACGAUUGUGAGCAUCCUUAACCAAGAAUUAUGCACUUGAUAUUUCAUUAGGGAUCAAUGAUGGUGUAAUUUUAAUCUCCCCCUUAUGCAUGAUAUUAGCAAACACAAUAAGCCGAAGGAACCAAUGAAGGAUAUCUUCAACAUAAUAAAAAAGGUUCUGACGCACCAUGGAGUCAUUUCAGUCCAACCAAUGGAAUUGAAAAUAAGGAAAAUCGAGUCCUCUUUCCGUUUGGACAGAGCAGCAUUAAAUAUUUUGGUGCUAAGGGCUCGGAGGCAAGGUAGGAAUGGAUGGGAAAUCUUCUUCUUCGCAGUUCUAGACCCCAAAGGAUUGGAGUACCAUGGACGUGUUCUUCAUAACUGUUUAAAAAGGGUUGUGCAGGGACAGCCUUAGUUAUUUCUACAAAAUAACAAAAGUACCCAAAUUACCAAGAGUAUAAGUACCAAAGUGAAAAAUGUUUUAAAUCGACCAAUUUUUGCAACAUUUUCCUGCCUCAAUUGUAGGAAAAAAGAUGGCUGAAAGAAAGUUACCAGACGGCUUCCGUAAGGUCAACAGUUACAACUAUCCAACAAUUACAUGCUACGAAGAAAACUAUGGUGAGAGACAUAUCAUACUCAUUUACUUCUUUGCCAAUGGAACGAUACUCAGUUUCAAUUACCUGUUUGUUAUUUGUAUAAAGCAUGUACCCUUUCGCUCGAGAAUCGCCACCAACCAAAUUCUGGUUUUGCAUCAUUAAAUUGAGAUCGCCUUUUUUCUCCGCGUUUUUCAUUUGAAAUAUUUCGUCUCUCUGCUUACAUGGCGAGGGAAAAAUAAUAACAUUGGAGACGAGGAAUAAAAAAACCGAGAAUGAAACAAUGGUGAGACACAGAUAUGAAGUGGUGGAUGGUGGCAUUUUUAUCAUUCUAAGCUCUUCACGACACAUUAAGGGAAGGCAAACCCCGGAGACGGCUGAUCGUCAGUUACUACUGCCAAGAGAAAUUGGAAAAAAUUUCACAGCAAGAGGCUCUUCCCUUCCGGAGCUUGAUCUCUGUUCAACAAUUCUAAUUUGAGUGUUUUUCCUUAGCAGCCUCAAAGCUCUUAAGAAGUGAACUAUCGUUUUUGAAAGUGUUUCUGCCUUUCAUAAGAACGUUAGAAGGGAAACUCAGCGCUUUUUUAGUUGCGAGAGAUGUAACGCUUCAGCUUCAGGAAAUUAGGUGGAAAGUUGAAAAUACCAUAAUUUUUGUUCACGCAAUUCUGAAUGCAUUAAAGGUAUGAUAAUUAAAAUCUUGGUUGAAAUUACUUAUUAAGGAAUUACUUGCAGAUAACGGGCCUUUCCACUCUGUGAAGAUAAAGACUUGUCACGCAAAAUGUUUGCUCAAAUUCCUGGUUUUAAGUUCCUAGAGCAUGCUAUUUGUACGACUCAUUCUUUGAGUGCUAAAAAUAUGCAGUUGCAUUGAGUUUAAGGUAAACCAAAACUGUUUCCUUCUUUUGUAAAGCCUGGCCAGCCCCAAACAUUAGGUCUUUGCCCCAGCACCACCGCUGUCAAUAACUCAACCCUCAGUUCAGUUGGUGGUGUUACGAUUCUUGUCCAGACCCCAACAAUGGCAGCACCCUCGGCUAUAAUACUUUAUGGCGUUGCUGUGAAAGCAUCCACUAUGCUGAAGGAUUUUUACACUGACAUUGUCGUAAUGCAAGUAGACUUUGUGAAAGUAGCAAAGAUCUUGCGUCCUUAA